AAUCUGCCAACGCCAUUUUUCAUAUAAACGAAAUUACCACGUCUCAUAAUGGAUAUCUUAAGAAUUUUUAAAAUGCAAGAACCAAUUUCAAAAGAUUUACUAUCGAAAAAGACUGAUAUUGGAAAAUACAAGGAAUUUGUUCAAGAAAAGGAUGUAAUUUUAAAAAAUCAAAAGGAAAAAAUAAAAGAUUUGGAGCAACAUAUAGGCGAACUGAAAGAAAGAAAUUUGGAACUGGAGUCGAUUAUAAAAACAAAUAAUAUUGAUAUUACCAAAGGCCAGUUUAAGAGCAGUACAAGUAAUGAAUUUCAAAGAACAAUGCAGGCAUAUGAAGAUUUUAUAAAAGAAAUAGUUCAUGAAAAAGAACAAUUGGAAGCUGAAAAUUAUACUUUUAAAAAUCAUAUUAACAAAUUAGAUGAGGCAUUUCAUACACUUAUACAGAAAUAUGAGACCGCUAAAGCUAUUAUACAAGGACUUAAAAGAAAUGAGGAUAUUUUAAUCAGGAGAAAUCAAGAACAUGAAAAUUUAGUCAAUAAAUUAAACAAAAAAUGUGACACCGGAAGCAAUAAAAAUACUAAAAAUUCGAAGACAUUUAAUAAAAUUGGUAAACCCCCUAAUGGGAAUUCUCAAAAUACUUAUUCGGAAAUAGGAACCAAAUGUACAAAAUAGUCCAAUAU